UACUUCUAUCGCCAGAUCCACCGAAUGUGAUCGUUUUUAUUGAUGACACGGGGAUCCGCUACUGCUUCAAUAACCUUUCAGUGACUGUUAUAGCUGGAGAUCAAUACAACAUCACAUGUGAAGCAUAUGGAGCGAUGCCUCCUGCAAUACUGGAAUGGUGUAUACCUGAUGAUGUGGCUGUUGUUCACCAGGAUCAGUCUAAUGUUAUUCAAGACGGAUCUUACAUCUCCCAGAAAGCCAUGACAAUCACACCCUCCAGGAAAGACCACGGAAAGAUUCUUAGCUGCAUCACGUCACACCCAGAACUACAUAAUGAACGUUUAUGCUCACUUCAUCUCAAUGUUCAUGUUCUCCCUAGAAGUGUGCUGCUCUUUCAAACUGGAGGUAACCAGUCCCAUUCAACCGUCUUAUACGUUCAUGAAAAUUCACCGACUUCAAUCACAUGUAAAACUAUUGGAUCAUUCCCAGCAACUGAACUGUCAUUUUGGUUAAUUGGCGGUGGUGACGAUACUCAAAUUUACGCAAACCUUUCAACGACUCGCAGUGUUUUAGACGGAACUUUGUUUGACACUGAAAUUACCAUAACCAUAUACCCAGAAGAAAAGAAUCAAGGAAGGCAUAUUGUUUGCUACUCGUCUAUAGAUGGUGUCUUUCUUAAGCCAAGCGCAGCUAGACUGGUUGUUAUGGGACCACCAGACGAGGUCGCAAUAGCUCUCCCAGAAGACGGUAUCUUUGAAGGAGAAGAGACCAAUGUAACCUGCAGAGCAUUUAAUGGGAACCCGGCCCCCCGCAUUCACUGGUACCUAGGAUCAACCAAUGUGACGUCUAACUCAUCCCUGCGGAUAACUAAAACCAAAGAUGAUAUCUAUGAUGCUGAGAGUACACUUUUCUUCACUCCCAAGAGAUCCGAUCAUGGAAAGUGUCUUAUGUGUGUGGCUGUUCCACCUGGAGUACCAUUUCCUCGUUUUGUGAAUGGCAGUUCGGUCCUGAACAUAUCGUGUAAGUGCAAUGUCAGAUUAAGAAAGAUCACCCCAUUGUGUCUAUUGCUCUUCGACGUCUUACAACGAAAGACACAAGCGGGACUGCUGGAUUCGUGUUGA